AUGAGAUGCCAACUAGCACACUUUGACUCUGGUCGAUCCAAAUUCGAAGGAGCAAGAGGUAUUCCACAGCUAUACAAUUAUUACAUCGAAUUGGAGCAACUUAAUGCUCACUGGCAAAAAUUGGAAACUAAGGAACCCACUAUUAUAGAGGAGCCAGACUUUGAAAGUAAGGCUCAAGUUGCCAAGGAUUUGUUUGCCGGAACCAUGGGAGGAAUAGCACAAGUUCUCGUUGGUCAACCUUUUGAUUGUGUCAAGGUUAGAUUGCAAUCAGCGCCAGAAGGAACAUACAGUGGAGCAUUGGAUGUAAUCAAACAAUUGAUUAAAAAAGAAGGGUUUGCGGGGUUUUAUAAGGGGACUUUGACUCCUUUAGUUGGUGUGGGUGCUUGUGUUUCGGUUCAAUUUUCUGUUAACGAGUUUAUGAAGAGGUACUAUGAUCAAAAACUCAAUGGAAGGCCCCUCAGUUUGUUGCAAUUCUUCAACUGUGGUGCAGUUGCUGGAUUCGCAAAUGGGUUCUUGACGUCCCCAAUUGAGCAUAUUCGUAUUAGACUCCAAACCCAAGCUACCGGUAACGAAAUGUUCCAUGGCCCAAUUGACUGUUUUAAAAAGAUUUACCAAAUCGAUGGAUUGAGGGGUAUCUAUAAAGGUUUAGGACCAACAUUGGCAAGAGAGUCAGUUGGAUUGGGUAUUUACUUUGCCACUUACGAAGCAUUGAUAGCGGAGGACUUGAAGAAACAUCCGGGCUUGUCCAGAGCAGACAUCAAGCCUUGGAAAUUGUGCUUAUAUGGAGGUUUGAGUGGGUACACGCUUUGGAUAUCUAUAUACCCCGUUGAUGUGAUCAAAUCAAAGCUACAGACAGAUGCAUUGAAGGGAGCCAAAUACAGUAGCUCUUUCUCCGUUGUCAAAGACAUCUUCCGUAAACAGGGAAUAAAAGGAUUUUACAAAGGUUUUUUGCCAACUAUACUAAGAGCAGCUCCCGCUAAUGGAGCAACCUUUGCGGUCUUUGAAAUCACCAUGAGACUCCUUGAUGGCUCCACAUAG